AUGACUGACCCUUCAUACUCCUCAAAUCUAUACUCACAGUGGUUCAGGAUUGAUCAAUUCUCCAAUAGUUGUCCAACAAAUCUUCCUCAUCAUGUUCAGACUAGUAUUCACUAUCAAUACCCUCGAAGUUACUACUACAACAAUUUUCAAUCUUCUUCAUAUUCAAACACUAGAACUACAAACAGUUUCAACAUCCAUCCAUCCAGUUCGGUCAUUAAUCAACAUCCAACCGCUCCUCCUUCGCCUCCUCUCAGAGAAGCCCUCCCUCUCUUGAGCUUGAGCCCAUCAAGAAAACAUGAAGAUUAUUAUCAUCAUCAACAACAACCCUCUUGCAGUACUACUACUCAUCAAGAUAUGGAUGUGGAGGGCGAUGAUGUUGAGGAGGAAGAUGAUGAAACAGCUGUGACUGUCGCACUGCACAUAGGGCUUCCAAACGCUAGUGCUGCUGAUCUUGCAUCUUUGAUCUCAAAUUCAUCAAAUUCUUCUUCUACUACUACUACUACUACUACUGAGAUAAUGGUUCCUAGUAACAUCAAUAAUAAGAGUAAAGAUGGAGAUGGAGAUGAAGGUUGUCUUGGGUAUAGCCCUAUCAGCAGACUCAACAAGGGUCAGUACUGGAUACCAACACCCUCUCAGAUUCUAAUUGGCCCUACUCAGUUCUCCUGUCCUGUUUGCUUCAAGACCUUCAAUAGAUACAACAACAUGCAGAUGCAUAUGUGGGGGCAUGGAUCUCAGUACAGGAAAGGUCCAGAAUCUCUAAGGGGCACUCAACCAACUGGCAUGCUAAAGCUACCAUGCUAUUGUUGUGCACCAGGAUGUCGCAACAAUAUCGAUCACCCACGGUCAAGGCCACUCAAAGAUUUUAGAACCCUCCAAACACAUUACAAGAGAAAACAUGGUAUCAAGCCUUUCAUGUGUCGAAAAUGUGGGAAGGCGUUCGCAGUUAGGGGCGAUUGGAGAACACAUGAGAAGAACUGUGGGAAGCUUUGGUACUGCAUUUGUGGUUCAGAUUUUAAGCACAAAAGAUCACUCAAAGACCACAUUAAAGCCUUUGGGCAUGGACAUGCAGCUUACGGCAUCAACGGAUUUGAGGAAGACGACGAGCCUGCAUCUGAGAUCGAGCAAGAUGAUGAUGGUAAUUCAUGAUCUUAGGUAAGGCGCAAUCCAGCUGUUAAUCCUCUUAUUUUCCUAGGAAAAAUUGUAGGAUCCCUUGUAAUUAAUUCUUAAUAUUCAAUCAAAACUAUGC